GUCGAGUCUGCUCCGCCGCGUCGCGUGCGCGCUUUCCCGCAGCUUUUCCGGGCCGCCGCAGUUCUCUUGUCGUUCGCGGGUCGCUAUACUACAGCUGCGCUAUUAAGACGUAUCGUCAGUGGCUCUCGAGACAAAAGUGAAGCCUGUUUAAUAAUGGGAUUACGACAUCAUUUUGUUGAAGAUUGAUGAAUACCUGCGCACGAUGGAAGGAUUCCUGCACCACAUGGCGCCGCAGUUCCUGCACCCCGCACUGCAGAGCUUCGGCUGCGGCGCCUUCCGGCCCAUCGGGGGCGCCUUCCACCCCCUGUACCCGGGGAAGGCCUUCGCGAGGCACCUGGGGGAGCAGUACGCACUUGGACAAUCCGUCGGACAAGCUCUCAGGAGCGUCCGGGAUGACAGUAGCACGCCGCCACUGUACCGGCACUACCCUCGCGACGACACCAGCUCACCGGGCUCCGCCGCCUCGGCGUCCCCGCGGCCCUGCAAGGACGACGAGCCACCAGCUACUGCGCCCUGCACUGACUCGCAUGAUUUCUUUUCCCCCGACGGCGAACGGAAGUCAGCUUGCGGCGUAUGCGGCGCACGCCUCGGUCCGGGCGUGGCGCAAGCGCACUUCCUGCAGGAGCUGCAGCACCUCUACAGCCUGAGCGCGCUGCCGCGUGAUGCCGCGCCGCCCGCGCACUCACUGCAUCACCAGGACGAGGACGCGCGCUGGGAGACCUACCAGCGCAUCCGCGCCAACCGGCAGAGACGACUGAAGCUGCGCACGCGCAAGAGGCACCACACCGUGGAGAGCAUGCUCGGCUACGACCUGGAGGAGGAGCGGCGCGAGGAGCGCCCGCGCGAGCCGCGCUACGACGCCGAGGACGAGCCCGUCGACGUGGAGGGCGACUCGCUCGGCUGGCCCGACCAGCCCAUCAACCUCGACGAAAAAGAACCACGAAACGACGGUGAAAAAUUGCACCUAAAUUACGCCGAAGACCUUGAAAUAUCAAGCACGAACGAUGCCAUGCAGUCACCAGAACGCGUGAGGAUUGAAACCCCGAAGCCGCUGUCCCUUGAGUGCGCGCCGAAGACCGAGAGCGCGGAGCGGCCGGCGGAGGUGUCGACGUCCGAGUGGGCCGCCGGGGCGCCCGCCGCGCGGGACGCCUGGCCCGCCAUCGCCGCCGAGGCCUACGUGCACGCCGCACGACACAAGCUCGACGGGGAAAACUUACCCUCCUCUACCGACUCGCGCAACUAACUUCACCCAUAUACCUACUUGUGCCAGCGGCUGACCGAACUUCUCACUAUAUAAUAUCGCUUGCCAUAACAGCACUUUGACGGAUCAAGAUAAAAUGAAAUCUUGUCCUUAGGGUAAGCGACAGAGAGGGAUGAUUUGCCGGCCGCGCACAUUUAUCAAUUAAUAAAAGUUCAUGUUAUAUUGGCCAUAAGUUUAGAUAUUAGGUACUUACCGGAGAGGUAAAUAAUAUUGUAUAUUUUACUUAUUUAGCUAAUAAAAAUACAUUAUCAACAAAAUAAACUAUACAUAGGUACUUAAAGCACCUGAUUCCACGAAGGGCAUGAAACAGUAUAAAUAACAAACAUUAGAAAAAAGUCUAGAAUUUAAUUGUGAUUUUACAGCGCACAUUUUACACGUAUGUAUAUAUACAUACAAGCAUUUUUUCUUUAGUAGGAACCUAUUUGAACUUCCCAUUAACCAUCCGAGAUUACUGAAUACGUAUGGCCAACAUAACUGAUAUUAGCUAAUUAAUUAACACUUCUAAGAUUGUGCACCACUUCGUCAAAUAUAUCGGUAUAUCAACAAAGUAGGGUUAUAUAACUCAUGUAUAAACCAGCAUCAAAAUAUCUAGACACUAAGGUUUCUUUAAACACUAUUCUUAUUCACCUAGGCCUAACUUGACUAAUGUUAUGAAAGAAAGGUAUCUUUAUUUGAAAUUGAAGGAGUAAAAACAAUCAUUAGAGUCAGGGCUUGUACAUAAAUCUUAUAAUAUUUAUUGGAUUAGGUCAUGGUCUGGAGAGCGAGGCAAAAUGAAAAAUUAACUACUUACUUACGUUCGGUUUUCUAAAGACCCCUUAUGACCUAGUAGAACAAUAGAUACCUAUACAAAGUUGUAAUAGUGCAUGCUUUAUGCUUUUAUGAAUGGAGUUGUCUUAUAAAAUUGAGUAGAUAUGAAUUGAAAUGGUUACCUAUGCAAUUCAUCAUGCACCUUCGCAGCUCUGUGUACUAUAAGCAUCAUAACUUAUACGUAUCUCUAACGGAAUUUUAAAAACCUAAUUUCUAUCAUAGUAAGUGUUAUUCGAUGGUUGGUCGACUAAGUAAAAAAAAAGUUUGGGGUGCUAAGGAUUGCGUACGUCGUAUCUAAGAACCUAAAUACAAAAGAGUAGGUACCUACUAGUUUAUUAAUUCACUUUAAGUCCUACUACGUAAACUUUUAUUCGUUGCCUCAAUCUGCUUUAUUUGCGAAUUUCUACAAAAUUAACAUUUAUAACAUAUUUUCACUGAAUAAAACUUAACUCGUUAUGUUGAUUAAUAAUGUCGAAUUACUUUAUGACCUCUAGAGGGCGCCAUGUUUCGUUUGCGGUGACGUCAUAUAGCUUAUAACCAGCGGACGAUUAAGACGAUUCGAAUGACAUAUCGUUUGUAUAUAUCGUUUGUGCGUGUGUAUGUAUGUAUGUUCAUCUGUUCCCUCAUAACUUCUAAAGUACGCAUUAGAAUUUCACAAACGAUAUGUCAUUCGAAUCGUCUUAAUACAUACAUAUACAUACAUACAUACAUACCCACAUUACCGGUCAAAAUUAUAACCCUCCUUUUGCGUUGCCGUAGUCGGGUAAAAAGCUGUAUAGUUAGUAUUUAGACAUACAAACGCUAAAGCAGCUUAGUACCUACCAACCGUAAACCAAAUCUUUCUAAUGAUUCUUGUGAAAGAGUAUGACCCAUGACUAUCUUAGAAAACUGGCAUACUCUUGGGUCGACACGUUCGUUUUUCGUCACGUUCCUAAAUUUGUCCGAUUCUGCUUUCGUCAGCCAUUCUUCAUUCGUCAACUUAGUCUGCAGUCAUUAUCGUCUUUGACCAUAAUGAGUUGUU